UGGGCAGGGAGCGAGGAUAUGCCCAGAAGAGCGGCUGGCAGCGCAGGAGACGCUGCGGGCAUGGGAAACCUCUGCCGCCAGCAGCCCCCCGCAGCCCCCGCGCGGCGCAGCCCGAGGAAGGCAGCGGACACCGCGACGCUGCUGCUCCUCCUCGCCUCCUCCAUCUCUGCUUGCAAAGGUGCGCCGAUGCCAUCCCAAGCGCUUGAGGCAGAUCAGGAUUUGCAGCUGUGGAAAGAGAUAGACAAUGCGUGUUCUGCCUACUGGUCCACAGAUUCUCAGCCUCAGGUGCCCAGUGCACUGGAAGAACUUUGUUUUCUGGUCAUGGGAUUUCUCCAGAAAUCACAGGGUUUAGAUGAAAAAGACAACACCAAAAGGUUCUUAUUUCAUUAUUCUAAGACUCAUGACUCGGGCAACUCAGACAUCGUGUCAUCUGUCCUGCAUCCUUUGCUGCAACUUGUUCCCCAGCUUAAUGAAAGAAGACUGAAGAGAUACAAAGCCGACGGGGAACUUCAAGGUCCUGGAAGGAUUCAAAGUAGAGGCUACUUUUUCUACAGGCCACGAAAUGGAAAGAGAUCAGUGGAUUUUCGCUAAAGAGGAUUUUAGAUUCCUGACCAAGCACUAAUGCUGAAGAAAUGCUGAGUACAUGGACAUACUAUUUUCCAUACAAAUAUUAUUCGUUACUAAUGUACAAUUAAAAAUAACUAGAAUGUAAAUGUUCUUAAAUUGUGUAUUUAAAUUCUGUUAAGGAUUCAAAUGUUUCUUUUCUUUGUUGAUUAUAUUAAAGGCAUAUUAAAAUAAUUUGUUUCCUAGAGUUAUGAUGUUUACAACUGUGUGUAAUGCAACUGUAAAAAAGUCCCAGUGUAUGCAUGCAACAGACAUUGUCUCUAACAACAGUGUUAAUGUACGUUUACUUUCCCUUAUAAAUAAAGGCACUCAGAGAGUUGUUUUAAUGAGAAUGUUUGCAAUGAAGGCUACUGUAUUUUUUUCAGAAAACAUUGCAGGUGGUUUAAAAUCAGUUUUUAAAAGCAGUCUUUAAAGACACACCUUAUCUGGGCAGGCCAAACAAAAGUCUGGUUUGCUUUCAAGAUGAUGUUCUCUACCCCCGUACUUCCUUCCCUGCAGCCUGUGGUCUUCUGGCAAUCUGCAGGUUUAAGAUAAGUGCUCUGUGGGUGGUCUACAGAACUACAGUGAUGAUAAAGGAUGUGGCAGUCCUCAAUAAGUCUUAAGGUUGACAGUGUUUCAUUGGCUGAAAAAAAAAAAAGAGAUUCCCUUAACUUAAAUAAAUUGGAUAAGUUGUGUGUUUUGAAGAUACAUCUUUACUUAAUUCAACUAAAAUACAAUGACGCGAUU